AUGAUGCCAGUAAGCAUCAAUAACGACCUCUGGUUUAAUGUACCCGGAACACAGGAUUUAAUAGAAUCUUCCGGUACUGUUCCAUGCCCGCAUCCAUCUCCUAAACGGGCUAACAAGACGCAAAGUCUUUUAUUGCCAAAUACCGUCAACAACCACGCAAAACCCUUUCUCUUUAGUAGUCCACCUACGUUUUAUCGCAUUCUCGACAACUGCGCAUUAUCAGCUAUUCCGUACUUGGAAGCGCUGAAGGAGGAACAAGUGAACAUGGCUGUGCGCCUUCAGAAGCGUGGAAUCAUAAAGGAGAAUGUUUCACGGAUACGUAAUACCAGUAUGUUCGUAGGUCAAUCUCUGCUGUCCCUUCAUGAGUCGGCAACGCAAAAACUUUUGGUAGGUGUGGAAGAUGGUGGAAUGGUCAAAUGGUCAAUUCUAUACACGAUACUAUGGAUCGCCAUACCAGUCACGAUCAUCUUCUUCUGCGUAGUAGCUUGCGUGAUUUACGCGAAGCUUUUCUUUUUCAGGCGAGCAACAUCAACUGCCGCAUCAGCUAUGUUCAGCAAGGAAUUUUACUCCUAA